AUGUCCUGCAACACUCGCUGUCUGCCAUGCCGGCCCUGCGGCCCGACCCCGCUGGCCAACAGCUGCAAUGAGCCCUGUGUCAGGCAGUGCCAGGACUCCUCCGUCGUCAUCCAGCCCUCCCCCGUGGUGGUGACCCUGCCCGGACCCAUCCUCAGCUCCUUCCCGCAGGACACCAACGUGGGCUCCUCCACCUCCGCUGCCGUUGGCAGCAUCCUCAGCUCUCAGGGAGUGCCCAUCAACUCCGGGGGCUUUGGCCUCGGGGGCUUUGGCCUUGGGGGCUAUGGCCUUGGGGGCUUUGGCAGUGGCUACUGUGGCAGCAGGUGCCUGCCCUGCUAAAGUCUGGAGAUGGCCUUGAUCAGGGCUCAUCAUGACCCAGAAGGUGCUGAGCAACC